AUGACUGUUGACUACGGCAUUGUUAUUGUCUUGUCGGUCAAUCUACAGCAUGAUGGAGCUGCAGGUACUACUGUCCCAAACAGGCAAGCCGGCUGCAUCAACCCCGCAUCCUGCAGACACUCAAUUGCUAAGGCUAGAUUUCAACUCGUGUUCACUACUUCGCAAGUUCGCGUGGUGCAGUUCGUAUCUGAAGGCAUCCGCCGGCAAUCCCUGAGGGCUUCUUCACAGAAGAUGUUCUGUGAGGAAGCCCCUCCAGUUGGCAGCAUUGCCGGGAAGAAGGGGACUGUUAACCACAAGCUAUUCUCGGGGUCCUUCAGAAUGAUCGGGGAGCACUUUGCAAAGAUCGUCAACCAGUAUGGCGAUAGACCGGCGUACGCUUCCCUUCUGGCAUCAAGUUUGUGCUUUUGA